CAGAGGAAUGUGUUGGACCUCUCUUUACAGUGGAGAUUUGCCAGACUGCCCAACAAUGCCAAGCUGGAGAUGGUGCCAGUCCCUAACAGAGUGGGAACUGGAAGCACGGUUCGGGUUGCGUUGCAGCUGGAUGAGGGCUCCCGUUUACAAGACACCUUUCUCUGUCACCAGACUUUGUGGGAACUUCUCAACCAUUUUGCAGAGAUCAGGGAGUUUAUGGAACAGCAUGGUGAAUUCUCUCCAGUCUGUGUUUACAUGCGAGAUGAGAUAUCAGGAAAAGAUGCCCUAGAGAAGACAACUCUGAAGUCACUUGGCCUGACUGGAGGCAGUGCCAUCAUCAGGAUUGUCAUGAAGAAGUGCAGCUCAUCUGGCCAGGAGGAAACAGUGGGUGCCAUAGUGCAGUGUGAUGAGCUGACAGCGAGACCAGGCUCUGCUGAAGGAGCAGUGGAUGUGCCUCUACCUCAAGGAAACACAUUCCCAAAGGACUUGGACCACAAGGAUGUGGCCGUGUCUCUAAACAGCUGCCCAGGCCAGCAGGACUCAAGUAGAGAAUCUCAUGUGAGCUUGGAGGAGCUGCAGCCUUCUGCAGAACACGAGUCUACCCCCUUUGUCCCUUUCUCUGGAGAUGGACAGCGCCUGGGGGGCUCCUGUGCUGCUGCACCAUCUCUUGGGUUAGAUGCGCCAUCUUCAAAGCUGCCAACAACUUCUUCCAGCCCUGGAGGCCCUUCUAAGCCAAAGAAGUCUAAGAACAGCCAAGAACUGCAAAAAGAGCAAGAACAGCUUGUAGAGCGAGAGCCACUUGUCUGUCACCUAGACCUGCUGGAACCACUGCCUGCUGCCAUAGGAGAGCUUCCUGAUGAGUUUUUUGAAGUCACAGUGGAUGAUGUACAGAAACGUUUGGCACAGCUGCAGAGUGAGAGGCAACAUCUGGAAGAAGCUCCACUGAUGACAAAAUCUUUGAGGGAGGCCCAGCUGAAGGCAAAAUUAGAGCGCUACCCAAAGGUGGUGUUGAGAGUCUAUUUUCCAGACCGCCAUGUUCUACAGGGGUUCUUCCAUCCUAGUGAAACUGUUGGCGUUUUGAGAGACUUUGUAAGAAGCCACCUUGCAGAUGCAGACUUGCCAUUUUACUUGUUUAUUGCACCUCCCAGAAUCAUCUUGAACGAUGCAAGUUUGACACUCUUUGAGGCUAAGCUCUUUCCAACCGCUGUCAUUCAUUUUGGAUCUGAGGAGUGCAGGGAUUGUUACCUGAAAUCGGACCUGCUGAGCUCUGCGGUUUCCCCUUCUGCAGCUGAUGUAUUAGUAGCCAGGUGUUUGUCUGAAUCGUCGGUUCCUCCCGCUUCGCCAUCGCUGGAAUCAGCAGUUCCACCCCUGCCUGCACCAGGAGUGGGAAGUGACAGGCAGAGCAGUGAGCAGCCAGAGCCAGCCAGCGUGCACGAAGCUCCGCAGGUGUCGAGAAGGGUCCCAGGGAAAAUACCCAAAUGGCUGAAGCUGCCAG